AUGGAGAAGACAGGCGUAUUAUCAGCGAAAGAGGCAUUCGAGAAGCUUGAAAAGGUUGGAGAAGGGACAUACGGGAAGGUGUACAGGGCAAGAGAGAAGGCUACUGGGAAGAUCGUAGCACUCAAGAAGACUCGCCUUCACGAGGACGAAGAAGGUGUCCCUCCCACCACUCUCCGCGAGGUUUCCAUUUUGCGAAUGCUCUCUCGCGAUCCACAUGUCGUCAGGUUAUUGGAUGUCAAACAAGGUCAGAACAAGGAAGGGAAAACUGUGCUAUAUUUGGUCUUUGAGUACAUGGAUACCGAUCUCAAGAAAUUCAUUCGCUCUUUCCGUCAAACUGGAGAAAACAUUCCACCCAAUACCAUCAAAAGCUUGAUGUACCAGCUUUGCAAGGGCGUUGCUUUCUGCCAUGGUCAUGGAAUCUUGCACAGGGACUUGAAGCCUCACAAUCUCUUGAUGGACCGAAAGACAAUGAUGCUUAAAAUAGCUGAUCUUGGACUCGCUCGAGCAUUCACCGUGCCAAUUAAGAAAUACACGCACGAGAUACUAACCUUGUGGUAUAGAGCUCCUGAAGUGCUUUUGGGAGCCACCCAUUACUCAAUGGCGGUGGACAUGUGGUCCGUUGCCUGCAUAUUUGCCGAACUUGUCACCAAGCAAGCGCUCUUUCCCGGGGAUUCCGAGCUGCAACAACUCCUUCAUAUAUUCAGGCUAUUGGGUACUCCUAAUGAAGAGAUGUGGCCAGGCGUGAGUAAACUAAUGAACUGGCAUGAGUAUCCCCAGUGGAGCCCUCAAAGACUGUCAAAGGCUGUUCCAAAUUUGGAUGAGCUUGGACUGGAUCUACUCUCUCAAAUGUUGAAAUAUGAACCUUCCAAGCGGAUUUCUGCUAAGAAAGCUAUGGAACAUCCUUACUUCGAUGACCUGGAUAAGUCGCAUCUUUAGAAAGACCACGUUGAUUGAAGAAUCAAUGAAGAUUUGGAUGUAGGAACUCAUGAUUUUCAAUCUACUAUGCUUCUCUCGAGCGCACCUCGUAGUUAUAUAGUAUGUUUUAGGAC